AUGUUACAGUAUUUGGAAUGGAACAUCAAUUGUUCAUCGGUUUUACCUGAUGUUGACAAUAACAUCAACGACUCAUUUGGACAAGAUGAAAGCGGACAGCAAUCCACCCAAUCACCGACAGAAGAAAACGAAGGAGAUGGUGAUGGCGAAAAUGGCGAACGGGUACCAGACUUGGUCGUUAUACCGGAACAUCAAAAGAUAGAUCAUCAUGAUAAUAAAACAAUCAAUUUGGAUAAAAAAGAAGUUAAUAGAACUGCGUAUAAGGUAGAAAAUGAAAGUGUUGAUAAUAAUGAUAAUAACAUUAUUAUUAAUAUCAAUAUUAAUAAAAGUGGUGGUCAUAAUGUUGAUGACAAGGAUGAUCACACCAAAUACUAUACAUAUUCUCAUGGUCCACGUCGACUGGCAAAUAAACAUAUGGCUUCAAAUAAUGUAGAGGCACUUCACUGA